CACUGACGCGGUUUGUCGAUUGAAUUAAAUAUAAAUAUCAUAUUUUCAGCGUUGAAUUUUAAAUAUUUAAAUAUGCUGUUGUUGCUGGCGGUGCUGCAGACGAUUCUGCUGCUGGGCACGCACUUGAGUGGCGCGUCGGCUGUUGACAAGGAUGUGGCACCAGUUGGCGAUGUAAAAACGGAUUUGCUGUCAUUGGAGCAGGAAAUUGGCGGCUCUGCGGUGCGGGACGGAUCUGCUUCCGUGUGGAAUCUGCAUCCGGUGGGGCGGGGGCGUCGAAGAAGGCGUGGCAUCUUCUUUAGCGGCGGCAUCACCGGUUUUCCCUUCCUCAACUGGGCCAAUGGUUACCCAUGGUCUGGCUAUCCUGGCUAUCCCUACAACGGCUACUAUGGCCAACAAUCGCCUGGAUAUUACGGCUAUGCCAGUGGCUACUAUCCCGGUUACCUGGGCUUACAGAAAAUUAUUAUCGGCUAAUGUGGAUUUUUUGAUUAGAAAACCUUUUCAAUUUGUGAGAUUAUAAAUAAUGCCCAGGAAGCACCACCGACGACCCUUUCGCAGUUUGUUAUUUCACUUAUUGUUGCUGCUUUUAAAUUAAUUUGCCGGACACAAAAAGUUGAGGCAAGUUGAAGAGGAAGCAGGACAGAGCAGCAACAUGAAAUUGCACAAUUUAUAUUCAUUUUUAAGGGGCACACAGAUUUUGCAUAAAUCAUUUUCGCAGCGACCAAAAUGAAACGCGUAACAUAAUUUUUAACCCUUGAUAAUUUUUUAUGACAAGCGUUUUCGUUAUUUUCCCUCCACGGUGGGCCGCCGCGAAAUGCAAAUAAAGCGGAUCAAAAGUUUGCUGUUAAAAGAAGAUUAAUUGCAAUUUGGUGGCAAGACCUGAAACAUUUCGACCCAACUCCACAAUUUGACCCCUUCAUCCAACCCACGAAAUCCCCAGCCCAUUCGCGGGGUGGUUGGUAAUUAAAUAUUUUUA